AUGAGCACACCACUCUCGGAAUCCCCAUACGAUGGCGAACAAAAAAGGGAAACAGGAAAUGGUCCAGGUUGGUUCGUAUCUUUUGCCUCCCCUUGCAUUUUAAUCGCAGCUAUAGCUUACAUGGUCUUUCUUCCCAUUUCACAGACAAGUCUGAGUGAGUCAAAGCUUUGA